UGCAUCCAUCCGGGAAGCGGUCCCUCUUCCUGAGUCCUCCUCCCCCUCCGCCGUGAAUCUCCUGCGUCCCACCCCGGCCAUAAAUUGGCCCUGUCCGCUGUUUCACCCGCUUCUGGACUCGUGGGUCAGUCGUUCCUUUUUUCUUUGAACCACAUUAGUCCUCACCAUGGGGGUUUUGAAAUGGCUCGCCGUCACGACUGCUGCGGCAUCCGCAGUAUCAGCCUUGACUCCAGAACAGCUGAUUAGUGCUCCACGGAGAUCCGAAGUCGUCCCAAAUCCCUCGGGGGACACUGGGCUAUUCUCAACUUCACAAUACUCAUUUGACACGCAUUCAAGUGAGACCUGGUGGAGCUUGAUUGACCUCGACUCGGGGGAAACAAAGACCCUUACCGAUGAUAGCAAUGUUUCUGAGAUGAUCUGGCUGGGUUCUGAUGGCUCUACGGUCCUCUACAUCAACAGCACCAAUGCACAAAUUCCCGGUGGCGUGGAGUUGUGGAUUGCGGAUACCUCCGACUUUGAAAAUGGGUACAAAGCAGCCUCUCUCUCGGCCAACUUACUCGGCAUCAAAUCAGUCGUUACUGACUCCGGUGACGUGCGAUACGUUCUGCGUGGAAAAUCGUAUCCCAAUGGAACUGUUUACAAUGAUCAGAUUGUAACAGCUUUGCCGAGUUCAGCUCGCAUCUACGACAGCAUCUUCGUCAGGCACUGGGACACAUAUCUUACCCCCAUUUCGCACGCUGUGUUUUCGGGCACACUGCAAAGCUCGACUAAUGAUGACGGCAAAGUCCAGUAUAGUUCCACAGGGGCCUUGGAGAACCUGGUUAACCCAGUCAAGGGUGCUGAAAGCCCGUUCCCUCCCUUUGGGGGCAACUCAGACUAUGACCUCUCGCCGGACGGAAACUGGGUUGCCUUCAAGAGCAAGGCUCCAGAACUCCCUCUUGCCAAUAACACGGCUUCUUACAUCUACCUCGUCCCACAUGAUGGUUCUGCAAAGGCUUUCGCAAUCAACGGACCAGACAGCCCUGCCACUCCGGAGGGGAUUGAAGGUGAUUCCAGCAACCCAGUUUUCUCUCCCAACAGCGACAAAUUGGCAUAUUUCCAGAUGGCGGAUAGGGAAUAUGAGUCCGACCGCCGCACGCUGUAUGUGUAUACGAUCGGCUCCGACGAGACUAUUCCGAGCCUUGCAAAAGACUGGGACCGUUCUCCAGACACUGUCAAAUGGGUCGAUCAAGACAACCUGGUUGUGACAAGUGAAGACCUAGCGCGGUCUAGGCUAUUUUCUCUUCCGGUAGAUGCUGGGGAUGACUUCAAACCCACAAACUUCACCAACGGCGGCGUCGUGUCAGCUUAUUACGUUCUACCCGACUCCACCCUUCUUGUCACUGCCAGCGCUAUCUGGUCAAGCUGGAAUGUUUACACUGCGAGUCCAGACGAGAGCAUUAUCAAGACAUUGGCAUCAGCCAACGAGAUUGAUCCUGAGCUCAGCGGACUCGGUCCGGCUGACAUUGACGAGUUCUACUACGAUGGCAACUGGACGACACUCCAUUCCUGGAUCAUCUAUCCGGAAGGCUUUGACAAGUCCAAGACAUACCCGAUGGUCCUCUACAUCCACGGUGGACCUCAAGGUGCCUGGACCGAUUCUUGGAGCACACGAUGGAACCCCAAGGUCUUCGCCGACCAGGGAUACGUAGUCAUUGCACCAAACCCCACAGGAAGUACUGGUUUUGGCGAUGAACUCACUGAUGCGAUCCAAGCUGACUGGGGUGGUGCUCCCUACGACGACCUAGUCAAAGCCUGGCAAUACGUCCACGACAACUUCGACUUCGUCGACACGGACAACAGCGUCGCCGCAGGAGCUAGCUACGGUGCCUUCAUGAUCACCUGGAUUCAAGGCAGCGAGUUUGGCCGGAAAUUCAAGGCUCUCGUCAGCCACGAUGGUCCGUUUGUCGGAGAUGCCAUGAUCGAGACGGACGAACUAUGGUUCAUCGAACAUGACUUCAACGGCACCUUCUGGGAAACCCGCGACGCCUACCACAACACAGACCCUUCUGGCCCUGAACGAGUCCUCCAAUUCAGCACGCCCCAGCUCGUCAUCCACAGCGACAACGACUUCCGCAUCCCCGUAUCCGCGGGCAUCGGACUCUUCAAUGUCCUCCAGGAGCGAGGCGUGCCUAGUCGGUUCCUGAAUUUCCCUGACGAGGACCACUGGGUUACCAAGCAAGAGAACAGUCUUGUAUGGCACCAGCAGGUUCUGGGCUGGUUGAACCGGUACUCCGGAGUCGAGGAAGCGAAUCCCGAUGCCGUCAGCCUAGAUGAUACGAUCAACCCUGUUGUGAACAUCAACGCCUGAUGUUAUGUCUGUCUUGUCUGUGUGAUACUUCUUCUAGAUGAUGAAUGAGACGAGCACUCUGUU